CAGUUGGCAGUGUUUUUGUUCAUCGUGCACGUGCUGCGUCGUUCGGGCGUUUCGGGCGGCAUGCAUUUGCGUAGUGAGUGUGUUAUUUUGAAUAGAAGAAAACCAUAAACCAUGAACAGCAGCCACCUAUUUCAACCGAAUCGAGCCCUGGGCUACGUUAGCAAUCAUAUUCCGGCCAACGUUCGCUACAUUGAUCAGAGGCGCGAGAAUGUCGUGAUCACCUGCGUUGGACGUUCGUUUCACGUGUACGGGUGCAACAGUUUCCGGCUCAUUCGCACCGGUCGAAUCCAUCCUGCGGAUAUCACCGCGAUUGCAGCCGACGGAUUCUUGACCUAUGUUGCCUCCGGUAACCAGAUUUAUGGCUGGCGAUCGAGCGUGGAACUGCGCAAAACCUACCGAGGACACGAGCAACCCGUACACCUGCUGUUACCGUUUGCCAAGCAUCUCAUUUCGAUUGAUGCGAGCAGCCUGCUGAAGAUAUGGAUCGUGGCAACGCAGGAACUGUACCUGGAGAUUCCAUUCGCAAACGACAAGUUUGAAAUAUCGGCCAUCGUGCAUCCGGCAUCGUACAAGAACAAAAUUCUGCUUGGCAGCGCGCAGGGCGGACUGCAGCUGUGGAAUUUGAAGUCAUGCAAGUUGGUGCACAAUUUUGCCAGCUUCGAUAGCAAAGUGUUGCAACUAGAGCAGGCGCCCGCUAUCGACGUUAUUGCCGUCGGACUGCACAGCGGAAAGAUUGUGCUGCUAAACAUCCAGUACGAAGAGGUGGUAGUUGAGGUCCAGCAGGAUUGGGGUCCGGUGACGGCCAUCAGCUUUCGGACGGAUGGUACUUCCAUAAUGGCCACCGGCAGUUCGAACGGGCAGGUGGUGUUUUGGGAUCUGGAAGAAAGGACGAUCGUGUCGACGCUUAUGGCACACGACGAUUCCGUUACGGGGCUUCACUUUUUGCCCAACGAACCACUGCUGGUUACCAGCUCGCCGGACAAUUCGCUGAAGAUGUGGAUUUUCGAUUUGACCGAUGGUGGGGCACGUUUGUUGCGGUUCCGCGAGGGACAUUCAGCACCGCCGACGUGCAUCCGCUAUCAUGGUGCAUCCGGCCGUAAUAUAGUGUCGUCCGGGGAGGAUUCUUCUCUGCGUAUCUUCAGCACUGUGGCCGAAACGCUGAACUGUAGCCUGGGAAAGGCUAGCUACAACCGGAAGGCUUCCAAGAAACAAAAGAAAAAAUCGGAAGAUCCGUUCCGUAUGCCACCCAUCGGGUACUUCACGACGGAGGUAACGCGUGACAAAGAGUGGGACAGUAUCGCUGCGCUGCAUCAGGGAUUGGUGCAGGUGACUACAUGGUCGUACGAUAAGCGGCGCAUGGGUGAUCUUCAUCUCGUUCCGGACGCGUUUCAAAACAAACAGCACCGCAAGGAUUUCACCGUAAUGGCCACCUGUCUGUGCUUGAGCCACUGUGGCAAUUUCGUCACCAUCGGCUAUUCUAGCGGGCAUGUCGAGCGUUUCAACAUACAGAGCGGCAUCCAUCGUGCUAGCUACGGUUCGCCGUCCGCCCACAAGGACUACGUCCGUGGCCUAUCGAGUGACAACCUGAACCAGCUGAUAGUGACUGGUGCAGCGGAUGGGUUGCUCAAGUUUUGGAGCUUUAAGCAGCCACAAUCGACCGUUGUUAAAGCGCCGAUCGAUACGCUCGAUUUGCACGAACCAAUAACGCUGAUGCGCACGCACCGUGAAAGCGCCAUCAUUUGUGCCGCGCUGGAUGAUUUCACCGUAGUGCUGGUGGACUUGGAUACGCGUGUCAUUGUGCGUCGCUUCGAGGGACACCGAGGAACGCUGGUGGACGCUUGUUUCUCACCCGACAGCCGAUGGCUCAUUACGACCGCGCAGGAUUGUACCGUGAAGGUAUGGGACAUACCGUCGUCCUAUCUGAUCGAUCACUUCCGCGUGUCGCACAUGUGCACCUCCCUCACAAUGUCCCCGACCGGGGAUUUUCUGGCAACGGCACACGUUGACUAUCGGGGCAUAAAUCUGUGGGCGAACAAGAGCCUCUUCACGAACGUUCAGCUGCGUGGACUGAAGCCAGAAUCGGAGGCGCCUCUACUUGAUUUACCCACUGCGAAGUGUGAUGAGCAGCCGGAUGGUACCGGAUUCCCACUCGAUAGCGCAAAGCGGAUGGAACUGGAUGAGCUGGAGGAUGCGUUCGACGAAAUCAACCUCGAGUACAACUCACCGCCCCAAUUGUCGAGUGAGCUGAUCACGAUGUCCUCGGUGGCUACUUCUCGUUGGCAAAAUUUGCUAAACUUAGACAUUAUCAAAAAACGGAAUCGACCCCGGCAAGCUCUGAAAAAGCCAAAAUCGGUCCCAUUCUUCCUACCGACCGUGGCUGGGCUUGACUUUGAGUUCGAUUUAAAUGCUGCGACGGGUGACAAAACGACGGACAACAAACCGAUCGACGAAGGAUCGCGCAUUAUCGAUCUGAAGCAGGUAGAUCAUUUAACUCCUUUCGGAAAGCUGUUGAAUGAGGCGAUCGUAACGGAACAGUUCGAUAAGCCGAUUGACUAUCUGAAGAAGCUCGGUCCGUCGAUGAUUGAGUACGAAGUUCGAAAUUUAACGCCGUUUAACAGUGGCAGUGGAAGCCUGCCGGUGAUGGGAAUGUUUCUGCGCAUGAUUAUCCAUAUGUUCGAACAGCGAAAGGAGUUUGAGCUGGCGCAAAGCUACCUGAGCCUGUUCCUGAAGCUUCACGGCCGGACGAUCGUGGAGAACAAGCAGCUAAGUGAGCUUUUACCGGAUGUCGAGGAAGCUCAGAAAACGGGCUGGUCGGUGCUGGAGGAUAAAUUGCUGUACGGAUUGGGUGUUGUUAGCAAUUUGCGAAACUUCAGCAGUUAGACAAUAAAACUUACGGCCUACCUGUAGAGGAAACAGGUAACAUUGA